AUGAAGAAGCCACCUAGAAGCCCGAUAUUGAGAGAGAAUUCUUUCGAUAUGCCACCACAAAACCCUAGUUCGAUGAAGCAGAAUAGAUCUUCAAAUCGAAAACAGAAAUCUUCCAAAGAAAAUGCUCCGCCUUCCAAUACGAACGUCAUUCCAGAUUCCUCUCAUAAUCCUUCUUUCACUGGUAAACCCUCUCCCUCCGUUGCUAGUAAAUUGAAAUCCCUGCUCCCACCGAGACCUCCUUCAUCAAAUCCUCUCAAGCGGAAGCUUGGUACUGAGUUUCAACCUGAAAAUGGUGUCUCUGGAUCUUCUGAUACAGGGGUUAAGGUUAUUGUAAGAAUGCGACCACAGAGUAAAAAUGAAGAGGGAGAAACGAUAGUCCAGAAGACUUCUGGUGAUUCAUUAUCGAUACUUGGACAACAAUUUACUUUUGAUCAUGUAGCAGACACAACCGCAACUCAGAUAGAUAUAUUCCAGCUUGUGGGAGCACCUCUUGUUGAGAAUUGUCUUGCUGGAUUCAACAGUUCUAUAUUUGCAUAUGGACAGACUGGUAGCGGAAAGACCUUCACAAUAUGGGGACCCACCAAUGCGUUGUUGGAAGAAAAUUCAUCUAGCGAUGAACAAGGCUUGACACCCAGAGUUUUUGAACGACUAUUUUCUCGCAUAAAUGAGGAACAAGAUAAACAUGCUGACAAACAACUUAUGUAUCAGUGUCGCUGCUCUUUUCUUGAGAUAUACAACGAACAAGUUACUGAUUUGCUGAAUCCAUCACAAAAAAACCUUCAUUUAAGAGAAGACACCAAAACCGGUGUUUAUGUUGAAAAUUUAACCGAAUCUUCUGUUUGCAAUAUGAAAGAUGUGACAGAGCUUCUCAAAAAGGGUUUGUCAAAUAGGAAGACUGGAGCAACAAGUAUAAAUAUAGAAAGUUCCCGCUCACACAGUGUAUUCACUUGUGUUGUUGAGUCACGCUGCAAGAGCAUGGAUGGAUUGAGCUGCUUGAAAACAAGUCGAAUGAAUCUUGUUGACCUUGCUGGAUCAGAGAGACAAAAGUCAACUGAUGCAGCUGGAGAUCGUUUGAAAGAAGCUGGAAAUAUCAACCGAUCACUUUCACAGCUGGGAAACUUGAUCAACAUUCUAGCUGAAGUAUCACAAACAGGAAAGCAAAGGCAUAUUCCUUACAGAGAUUCCAAACUGACAUUUUUGUUGCAGGAAUCUCUUGGUGGAAAUGCAAAACUUGCUAUGAUUUGUGCAAUUUCUCCAGCACAAAGUUGUAGAAGUGAGACAUAUAGUACAUUAAGAUUUGCUCAACGUGCAAAAGCUAUAAAAAACAAAGCAGUUGUUAACGAACAAAUGCAAGAUAAUGUGAAUACAUUGCGUGAAGUGAUACGCCAAUUAAGGGAUGAACUUGUACGUGUAAAGGCAACAGGAAACCAAGGUGACACGUGUGGAGGGUAUUCAACAGGGUGGAAUGCUCGAAGAAGUUUGAAUCUUUUGAAAUUUACCCUCAAUUGUCCAAUGAUUUUACCUCGUGUAGAUGAUGAUGGAGAUGAAGAAAUGGAAAUUGUUAAAAUGGAAGAAGAUAAAGUUUCUGAGGAUAUUAUUGAUGUUAAAAUGGCAAUUGCUCCAUCUACUACUGAAAUAAAUCAAGAUUCUUUAAGUGUUUUGACUGAAAUACCCCCAGUCCUGAAGUCUCCAACUCCAAGUGUUUCACCAAUAACUGAAAACAACAUCAGUAGGAAAAGUUUGAGAACUUGUACAAUGUUAACUGCUUCUCAAAAGGAACAAGAAACUAGGGUUUUUGAGGAUCUUGAAAAUCAGCUUGAAAACCAUUUUGCAAAAAAUUUGAAUCACAAUUUGGCUAAGAGUCUACAUCAUGGUCUUGAAGUGAUUGAUAAAAACCGAAAAACUUCUGCUUUUGAAAGAUCUUCUUCCAAGUUUUGUUAUAAAUCUUUAGAUAGUAAGCCAAAAUUGGUGAGAAAAGACAUUGGUGUCCAAACUCUUAAUGAAAAGAAGUUAGAAGAAGAAGAAGAGAAAGUGUUUUUAUGCAGAAAUUGCAAUUGUAAAAGCUCUAAACAAGUAGAAGAAGAUGGAAACUUGCAAUUGGUUCCUGUUGAUGAUGAUAAAUCCAAGCAGUUGGUUCCUAAAGCAGUUGAAAAGGUGUUGACUGGAGCUAUAAGGAGAGAAAUGGCAUUGGAAGAGCUUUGUACAAAACAAGAUUCUGAAAUUAAUCAACUUAAUCGUUUGUUACAACAAUAUAAACAUGAAAGAGAAUGCAAUUUGAUAAUUGGGCAAAUACGUGAAGAUAAAAUUGCUCGUUUGGAGAGCUUGAUGGAUGGAAUUUUGUCUCCUGAAGAGUUUAAAGAUGAUGAAUUGGCUUCUUUAACAAGUGAGAAUAAGAUUUUGAAGGAAAAUUACAAAAACCACCCUGAAGUUCUAAGAACAGAAAUCGAGUUUCAAAGAUUUCUAGAUGAAUUAGAACGUUACCAAAACUUCUUUGAAUUAGGGGAAAAAGAUAUAUUAUUGGAAGAAGUUCAAGAUUUAAGAAACCAACUUCAAUCUUACAUAGAUUCAUCAUCAUCAAAAUUAUCACAAAAACCAGUCUUCCAAAUAACUCACCCAAGUGGGGUCCAAAGUGAAGAAGAACUAGAAUCCAUAAAACAAGAACUAGAAACCACACGUCUGCUAAUGGAAAAGCAAAAAGAAGAACUUAACACAGAAAGAAAAUGUUCAAAAGAGCUAAAAGAUGCAUUGCAAAUGGCAAUAGAAUCACAUGCAAGAAUGCUUGAACAAUAUGCUGAUUUGGAAGAAAAACAUAGUCAUUUGGUUACAACACAAACAAGAAUUGAAGAUGGAGUUGCAGAGAUUAUAAAAGCAGCAUCAAAAGCUGGAAUCAAAGGGGCUGAAUCUAGAUUUAUAAACAAACUUGCGAAUGAAUAUUCGAGUUUGAAAGCAGAAAGAGAAAAGGAAAGACAUGUUUAUAGAGAUGAAAAGAAAGGGCUUCAAGAACAGUUGAAAGAUACUGCUGAAGCUGUUCAGGCUGCUAGUGAAUUGCUUGUUAGACUUAAAGAAGCAGAAGAAGCUGUUGCUGAAGCUCAGACACGAGCCAGGGAGGCGGAAGAAGAAAAGGAGAAGGCUUACAAACAGAUUGAAAAUUUAAAGAGAAAAUAUGAAGAUGGUGAAUUGACUAAACUACCCCUGGAAGGUGAAUUUGAAAAAUUCUAUGUGGAAGAUGAGGAGUUGACUAAAUUACCAGAACCCUCUUCGUGGUUCUCUGGGUAUGACAGUUGCAACAUAUAGGGGGUAGGGGUACGAUAGUCAAUUCCAAAUUUAGAUGUAGAAUUUUUAUGUAUAUCUAUAUAUUUGGGACCAAAUGUAUUGGUUCUCUAUUGUAUUAUUAACUUUUUUUUGAACUUUUUGCAUUAAUACGAAUCUUUUUGUCUGUUAGAAGCAAAUCUAGUAGGGGCCUAGUUUGUAGAGAGACAAUUGGCCUUUUCUUUAGAUCUUACAUUUAUUUAGUGAAUAUAAAAUAUUUAUGUUAUGUAAUUUCUAAAUAAAAAUUAAAAACAAAAUAAUGAUGUU